AUGAGACGUCCAUUGGUCAUCAUGAACUUGACCUCCAGGUCUGAUCCUAUCCAAUUCCUCACCACCAAUUCUCCUGGUGGCUCUUUCCCUGAGGUGGCCAUGUUGUCUGACAGUGUUGGUGGGUGGAGGCAGUUUAAUUUGAGUCAUGUCUCAAGACAAGGAGGAAACUUAACUGAAUCGCCAGUUAACAGGACAUUAAUGCUGCCAGCAGAGGAGUUAGAUCCAGUGGGUGGACACACAGUCUGGCAGGUUAUCAUAAUUGUCUUCCUCACUGGAUCACUUUCUCUUGUCACUGUCAUUGGAAACAUCCUGGUGUUGGUGUCAUUCAAGAUCAAUAAGGCACUGAAGACGGUGAACAACUACUACCUGCUUAGCUUGGCAUUUGCUGAUCUGACCAUUGGCACACUGUCUAUGAACCUGUACACCACCUACAUCAUCAUGGGCCAGUGGGCUCUGGGGCCAGUGGUCUGUGACUUAUGGCUUGCAAUAGACUACGUAGCCAGUAACGCUUCAGUUAUGAACCUGCUCGUUAUCAGCUUUGACAGGUACUUCUCUGUGACAAGACCUUUGACCUACAGGGCCAAGCGUACAACAAAGCGGGCCAUGACCAUGAUUGGUUUAGCCUGGUCUGUCUCUUUCGUCCUCUGGGCUCCAGCCAUCCUAUUUUGGCAGUACAUUGUGGGUGAACGGACAGUCCAACCAAAUGAGUGCUACAUCCAGUUUUUGUCUGAGCCAAUUAUUACAUUCUGCACUGCUAUUGCUGCCUUUUACUUGCCAGUGACUAUAAUGGCCUUCCUGUUUUGGAAGAUCUAUCAGGAGACAGAGAAACGUGCAAAAGAUAUACAGGGUCUCAAGGGAUCUGGCUCAAACAAGAACCCGACCCAGGCUCCGAAUCAAGGGACUGGCAGUGGAAGAAGUAGUGGAGAAGGUACAACUAAUAGUAAGAGGGGUUCGUCAGCCAUGAUGCGCCAAAUGAGCUCCCAAAGCUGCAGCAGCUCUGAACUAAAUCAGCUGCCUUUGGAGAACAACAAGGACAAUGCCAGCACACCAGGAGCAAUAGGAAACAGAGGGGGAUGUGGUGCGUUCUUCUUCCAGUUUUCUUCAGUGAUAGCAGGUCGCCACGCAUCCAAGAGGUCGGUCAAUACCACAACAACUACUCUGGGCGACGUAGAGCAGAGCAGCUGUGACAGUUUGAAUAACAAUGACGCUUGUGUCUCUGCGGACCAGACAUGUUCUGAGGAGGAAGCUCAUGGUGCGGACACAUCAAGGCCUCCAACAGGUUGGACAUAUACGUAUUAAGAUAAACAGCCAUCGUCAUCCAAAAAAAGUCAAAACAGUGUCUCCUCAUCACCUGCUGACCAGUCGUCAGCAUCCAUCACCAUGAAAGAUGCAGCAAUGGCUAAACGCUUUGCCUCUAAGGCCAAAACAGAGAUAAACAAGCGCAAGAAUGAAAAAAAGGCAAAUGAGAAGAAAGCAGCACGGACACUCAGUGCCAUCUUGUUCGCCUUUAUCACAACUUGGUUACCAUACAAUAUCAUGGUGUUAGUCAACACUUUCUGUCAGGACUGUAUCCCUGAAACUCUAUGGGCACUGGGCUACUGGUUGUGUUAUGUUAACAGCACAGUCAACCCAAUGUGCUAUGCCUUAUGUAACAAGACCUUCCGAACAACUUUCAGGGAUAUUUUGAUGUGCCAGUGGAAUCAAAAGAAGAAUAAGCCUAAUUUUCAUCAGAGGAAGGCUGUGGCUUUCCGGAAGAAAGACCAGGUGUAA